UACAUGGCAGCGGUGCUGUGAAAGAACUCGGGAAAACAUCUAGGCUACUUUACUUUAUAUGCGAAAUGAUGACACUACGUUCGAUAUGGCUACAAUGUAACAACUACCACCUCUGUCGCAGACAGGGAGAGUGAUCUCGCAUACGUUUGCUGUCAAAAGCAAAUAAAUGAUCAAUCCAGGAAUUAGACGUUUGUCCGUUGGAUAGCCUAGUAAAACGAUUUCAAAUGCAAUAUUCGGUAAACAUUUUUUGUAUUCGUUUGGUCGCGAAAGGCCGCCGCCUCGGGAACAAUUCCUACAGUAUGAUCUCAGGGCAGGCGACAUCACGGAAGCCAUACGGUAGCUCUCGAGUUGGAAGGACCAUCCGGUGUAGUCUCUCGGAUGACCACUGCGCCACCGGCCCGCCGCUAGCCUACUUUUGCUGUUGUUGACAUACCGGUAAAAUUACAUGAUGCCGGCCCAGCCCUCCCUCAGAGAACCAGAGGAGGAGAUGGAGGUGGAGGGAGAGAGUGAACUACCAGAGGCCAAUGGAGAGAUGGAGGAAGAGAGGGAGAGAGAGAGAAGAGAGGGGGAGGAGGAAACCAUGGAGGAGAGCACAGAGGAGAGGGAGAGCGACUCGGACGAUAGCGAGGAGGAGGAAGAGGAGGAAGAGGAAAGUUCAGAGAUGGAUGAUGAGGACUGUGAGAGGAGGAGAGGAGAGUGCCUAGAUGAGAUGUCAGACCUAGAGAAACAGUUCCUGGAACUGAAAGACAAGUUGUUCCGUGAGCGGUUGAACCAGGUUAAGGUGAAGCUAGAUGAGGUGUUGACUGGUAAAGCAGGGGAAUACAGAGAACCACUGGCAACACUACAACACAACAUGACGCUACGCACACAGGUGGCAGGUGUGUACAGAGAACUGUGUCUGCAGGUGAUCCAACACAGGUACGAGUGUGAGCUGCAGGGAGCUCGACAACAUCUGGAGAGCGAGAGGACAUUGUUGUUUGAUGCUAUGAAGACAGAACUGCUGGACAAGAUCAGACGGCUGGAAGAGGAUAGUCAGAGUGUCGACCUCACCUCAGAGUGGUGGAGUGAUGAGAUAAAAGGGAAGAAGUGUAAAAGGAGGAGUCUGUCCCGGCCAGAGAGGAAGAAGAAGGCUGCCCUAGUAUCUGGCCCAUUCAUCGUCUACAUGUUGAGAGACAUUGAUAUCCUGGAAGACUGGGCGGCUAUACAGAAGGCUAAAGCUGCACUGACACCACUAAAGAAGAAAACAGACAAGCGGUGAUAACAGAGGAGUGUCUCAGAUGUCUUGAUGGACCAAAGUGUCUGAGCUGCAGAAGAGAACUCACAACAACAGAACAGUCUUGACCACUAUUUAAUACAAAGCACUUCAGUAGGGUCUUGUUCAGUAAGGUCUUGUUCAGUAGGGCAUACUGGAACAAAACAUUUUGCAACAGAAAAUGUAAAUAUGUCUUCUUAUUGGACAAGUUCAGGAGAGUACCUCCCUGUUUCAAACCGUUUUGUUCCUGCUGAACACAGCCCAGACUAUGAAGACGAAGCAGCAGAUUGAUCACUUUUAGGUUCUGAUUCAUCUAUCACACUAUGGCCCGGUUACCUUUAGGUUCUGAUUCAUCUAUCACACUAUGGCCCAGUUACCUUUAGGUUCUGAUUCCUCUAUCACACUAUGGCCCAGUUACCUUUAGGUUCUGAUUCAUCUAUCACACUAUGGCCCAGUUACCUUUAGGUUCUGAUUCAUCUAUCACACUAUGGCCCAGUUACCUUUAGGUUCUGAUUCAUCUAUCACACUAUGGCCCAGUUACCUUUAGGUUCUGAUUCCUCUAUCACACUAUGGCCCAGUUACCUUUAGGUUCUGAUUAAUCUAUCACACUAUGGCCCAGUUACCUUUAGGUUCUGAUUCCUCUAUCACACUAUGGUCCAGUUACCUUUAGGUUCUGAUUCAUCUAUCAUUAGUGCUAAGCGAUUAACCAAAAUCUUUAAUAGGUUUUUAAACAAGUAAUUGACCAACGUUGGUUCAAUUAUUUGAAUUCUAUUUAAUUUUUUCCCCUGUGAGCUCAAUGUGUCGUCUCUCUAGAGAUAAAUCAGAUCAAGCCCGAACUGUGUGAUUUAGUAGGGAGUUGUCGUUUCUAACAGGCUUUGUGGUAAUUAACUACAAUGACCAUAAUCCAUUGCGCGCCUACUUGUCCGGUCUGUGUGGAGCAGCCACAAAGAGGGAGAGGAGGGAGAGAGAGCAGCUGCUUCCAGGUAUCUCUACCUGAAAAUACAUUAUCUAAGUGAUUGAUAGUUGGUAUUCAGCAAUCAUUAAAGUAUGUCUUAUUUACUUUAAAGGACUACUAAAAUAGGGAUGUUGUCAGACAGCAGCUCUGUAGAGAUGAUAUGAUGACUUGGUAUGAAAUAAUAAAGUUAACAAAUAAAACGAAUGUAAUAUACACAAUAACUGAAAUAUUUUAUUAAAGUAAAGUAAUGUGAAUAAAUGAUGGUUAAUAAGUGAUCAACAGUAAUGGGCAGUCACUA